AUGCCUAGUCAAUAUAAUGCAAUUGAAAUGCGUAUCCAAACUGCUUGUUCGGCUGCUAGGGUUGCAAAAAAACCCAAUAUCGCUGCGUUAGCGCGUGAAUACGACGUUCCAAUGCAGCGACUUCGGGCACGCUACCUUGGUCGCGCAUCUCGCAGCACACGCCAUAUGGCCUAUAAGCGACUAAAUGACGAUCAAGAAGCGUCAUUAGUAGGCUGGAUUCGGCGCCUUGAUAACCUACAUAUUCCACCUACGGCUGGAAUGGUGGUUGUGAGUGCAAAUGCGUUACUACGCAGGGAUAACCCCGCCGCACGUCCGCUUGGCAAAGACUGGGUAUAUGAAUUCGUCAACGUCCGCUUGCCAAAUGACCUCAAUUGGGUUCAUCAAAAGCCUGCAGAUCAAAAUCGAAUUACUGGGGAGGAUAUAGGUGUUUUGACUGUGUGGUAUGAACGCCUGGAGCCUUUUAUCAAGCGUAUUCCAGCAAAGCAUGUGUAUAAUUUUGAUGAAACUGGCUUUACCCUUGGCCAAGGCCGGCCACAAAACGUUAUUUCAGCCAAUCCAAAACGAACGCGAACCCAUUCAUUUGAACGAGGCCAGUUAUUAACUGGAAUCGAAUGUAUUGCGGCUGAUGGUUGGAAGAUGGAACCCUAUUUUGUGGCACCAGGGUCAGUUCAUUUGAUGCGGUGGUAUGAAGGUGGUAAACUUUCAGAAGCUACUAGGAUCGCAGUUUCGGAAACUGGAUAUUCAAAUGACCUAUUAGCACUCGAUUGGCUGGACUUUUUCCACCUUAAUACUAAGGAUCGCCUACCAAAAAAGAGAAUACAGCCCAGGCUUCUGAUCAUGGAUGGGCAUCGCAGCCAUCUAACCUACGAGUUUUUGGAUCGAUGUGACUUCUACAACAUUAUUCCAUAUUGUUGUCCAGCUCAUACAACCCAUAUUAUUCAACCACUUGAUGGGUCUCCAUUCCGUGCUUUGAAACAGGCAUAUCGGACCAAGAAUAACCAGAUUACUCAAUGGGGUGGAGAUGCACGCGAUAUUGGUGUUUUUUUUGAGGAAAUUACACAAAUUCGUGAGGAUGCAUUGCAACCACGUACUAUUCGUAACGCAUUUGCUACACGUGGUAUACUACCCUAUAAUCCAGACCUGAUUAUCAAGCCUUUAGUGGAAGCGCAAACCCCUGAGCCAGAGCUUCAGAUAUUUGAUGGCGACGAAACACCACAACUACAGGUUGCAUCUAGUAUUCCAAGCUCGCCACCUAAGUCAUCAGCUGAUGCACGUCGAACAUGCGAUAAAGUGAAGGGUUUACUUGACCGUGACGACGUCCCAGCCGAUAUACGCCGCCAAAUGCAACGUGUGGCAAAAUCGCAGGUUCAGUUAACUGAGGAUAUUGGUCUCUUAUACGACACAUUAGAGAACCGAUUACCUAAAAAACCUACAAUUGCACGCAAAUCCCAAAAGCAAUUAGGCAAAUUUGGUGCCCUGACUACCAAAGAUGCUAUUCGUUUUGCAAAUGAUCGAAAAACUAAGGAUGAACGAAAGGAAUACAAUGCGGCUGUCCGAAACCAGGCACCUUUAGGCACUCCUGCUACGCCUACACCAAUUACUUUUGGACAAAAGUACCCGGAUUAUAUACCGAUAAACGUCAUAGAUGACCCCUUUCCAUGUUAA